UGAUUUACCGCCGGGCGCCAUUUUGCUGUCCGUUUUCCAGGCUGCCUCACUGAGAGUUUCAACACUUUUACUCCUCUCCAGGCAGAUUAAACACCGCGAAGCCUCAGUCGGAAGCCGUCUCACACCCGACAAUGGCCACGGGAGCGAACGCAACUCCUCUGGGGAAGUUGCACCCCAGCAUCGGGGCGAAGCGGAGCUUCGAGGCUGGGCCUGGAGCGGGAAACGGCCUGAUGCCCACCCCGGGGCCGCCCGGGACCUUCCCCGCUAUGCAGGCCUUCCAGCCCGCCAUGCCGAGCCCCGCAUUCCCGCAGGCGCACCAGUUCAACCCGGGGACGAGCUUCUCCCCGCAGGCUCCGGCCCAGCCGGCCGCCGGGGCCGGUCUCGUCAAGCCGGAUUUCGGCCAGAAGAAACAAAGAAAGAAGAGUCGCUGGAGCAGCGAGACGCCCGAUCAGAAGACGGUCAUCCCGGGCAUGCCCACCGUCAUCCCCCCCGGCCUGACCCGCGACCAGGAGAGAGCUUAUAUAGUCCAACUGCAGAUCGAAGACCUGACUCGUAAACUGCGUACAGGAGACCUGGGAAUCCCUGUUAACCCUGAGGACAGGUCUCCGUCUCCGGAGCCCAUCUACAACAGCGAGGGCAAGAGGCUGAACACCCGGGAGUACCGCACCAGGAAGAAGAUCGAGGAGGAGCGCCACUCCCUCAUCACGGAGAUGGUCGGACUCAACCCAGACUUCAAGCCUCCGGCGGACUACAAGCCUCCGGCAACCAGAGUCAACGACAAAGUCAUGAUUCCCCAAGACGAGUAUCCCGAGAUCAACUUUGUCGGCCUGCUCAUCGGCCCGCGGGGAAACACCCUGAAGAACAUCGAGAAGGAGUGCUGCGCCAAGAUCAUGAUCCGAGGGAAGGGCUCGGUGAAGGAGGGCAAGGUGGGCCGCAAGGACGGCCAGAUGCUGCCGGGCGAGGACGAGCCGCUGCACGCUCUGGUCACGGCCAACACCAUGGAGAACGUGAAGAAGGCCGUGGAGCAGAUCCGGAACAUCCUGAAGCAAGGCAUCGAGACGCCCGAGGACCAGAACGACCUCCGCAAGAUGCAGCUGAGGGAGCUGGCCCGGCUGAACGGCACGCUGAGGGAGGACGACAACAGGAUCCUGCGUCCCUGGCAGAACUCUGAGCCUCGCAGCAUCACCAACACCACCCUCUGCACCAAGUGUGGCGGAGCGGGACACAUCUCCUCCGACUGCAAGUACACCAGCACGUUCGCCGCCCACCGGGCCUCGGGGGGCGAGCCCCCCCAGUCGGCUCAGGACAAGGCCCGCAUGGACAAGGAGUACCUGUCCCUCAUGGCCGAGCUGGGGGAGGCCCCGGUGCCCUCCUCUGGGGGGGGCCACUCCAACAGCCCAGGGGGGGGGCACCGGUCCUCGGGCCCCAGCAGCAGCAACCAGCCACCCCCGAGCCGCCCCCCCUGGAUGAACUCCAGCCCCUCUGAGAGCAGGAACUUCCACAGCAUGCACGCGGGCCCCAGCGCUCCCGGGGGGCCGCACAGCUUCCCUCCCCCGAUGCCCAGCAUGGCAGGCCCGCCGAUGCCCCCGAACCCCAACGGGAUGCCCCCACCCUGGAUGCAGCCCCCGCCCCCUCCCAUGGGCCAGGCACCCGGACCUCACGGACACCCCAUGGGUCUGCUCCCUCCCCCGAUGGGCAUGAUGCCGCCUCCCCCGCCCCCGCCCAGCAGCCAGCCGCCGCCUCCCCCUUCUGGGCCCCUGCCGCCAUGGCAACAGCAGGCCCCUCCUCCCCCUCCCACCAGCAGCAUGGCGACCAGCUCGGCGCUGCCGUGGCAACAGAAUACCACCACCACGUCCAGCCCUGGCACCGGCACCCUGCCCCCCUGGCAGCAGCCCCAGCAGCCGGCCGCCUCGGCGGCGCAGCCCCCCCCUCCGAUGGGCACCCCGUCCAUGGUGCCGCCCCCGCCCGGCGUGCAGCCCCCCCUGCCCCCGGGUGCCCCCCCUCCCCCUCCGCCGCCGCCCCCGGGCUCCGCCGGCAUGAUGUACGCCCCUCCCCCGCCGCCGCCCCCCAUGGACCCCUCCAACUUCGUCACCAUGAUGGGGAUGGGCGUCCCCGGCAUGCCCCCCUUCGGCAUGCCGCCGGCCCCGCCCCCGCCCCCCCCUCAGAGCUAAGCCGUCCGCAGGAGGAGGGGCAGCAGACUGACGCACAGCGACCGCCGGACCACAUAACCAGUGCUUUAUUUUUUAUCCAGUCUGAUGGAGGAGGCCCGGCCUGCUCCCCCACCCCCCAGUCCAGGAGCGAGUGUGAGAGUGUGUGUGUGUCCGUGUCCGCUCACACACACACACACACCGUCGCUGUCAGCCACGUCACGUUCAGUCUCAGCCCGCCAUGCAUGACCUGUCUGUCCCGUCGGCUCUCGGAUGGAGAAGAUGAAUAUUUUUGUAUUCCGUGGAGUGUCUCAGUUCUGUCCGCCUCUGUAGUCUCGUCCGUUGUUUUGCAGUCUCCGGGACUUUGUUUGUUUGUUUUUUUGUUUUUUUUUCUGCGUCUCCGGCGUGUCGGCGAGGUCAGAGCUCGCCAACACGCCGCCACCGCGGUGUCUGUCGGCCCCGGUUUUAGAGAAGAAACUGUUAGCCCCCCCGUUCUGGAGUCGCCUGAAUGAAUAGCUGUUGAACUCUUGCUUGGUUUAGUAUUAAACUGAUUAAUUUCA